AUGAGCCCAAGGUCAUGGCCCAUGUCUGCUUCACGCCGCGAUACUGACUGGAUUCAAAUUAACCUAGACGCGCCAGAUUCUCAUGGGCUCUUCAGCAUGAAUGACUCCAAGAAGCAUGACAUAUGCUCUGCUUGGAACCUUUUCCGAAGCAUCAGUGCCAGAGAGGUUAAAAACCUCACUGAAGAAAUGGCAGGGCUCGAUGAGAACAUCCCAAAGCUUUCUAAGGAGAAGAAGGCCCUUCAAGAGGCUCAUCAACAAACUCUUGAUGAUCUUCAGGCUGAAGAAGACAAAGUCAACACCCUGACAAAAGCUAAAACUAAGCUGGAGCAGCAGGUGGAUGAUCUGGAAGGGUCGCUGGAACAAGAAAAGAAACUUCGCCUUGACCUUGAGAGAGCAAAAAGGAAACUGGAAGGUGACCUGAAACUCUCCCAGGAAACAAUCAUGGACCUGGAAAACGACAAACAGCAAACCGAGGAAAAACUCAAAAAGAAAGACUUUGAAUUCAGCCAGCUGCAAAGCAAAAUCGAAGAUGAACAAUCCCUGGGAUCUCAACUGCAGAAAAAGAUCAAGGAGCCCGGUAGGGUCUGGAAGAAGCCGGAGGAGCUGAACAAAAAGCGUGAAGCAGAGUUCCAGAAACUGAGGAGAGACCUGGAGGAAUCCACUCUUCAGCACGAAGCCACCUCUGAUUUGAGAUCUACUUUCAUUAAGGGAGAAAGCGAAUGAAUCCAGACUACGGAC